UCACAUUUUUAUUGAAUCCUUGGGGUUUUGGUGAGUUGGGUAUUUAGAAAGAACCCAACUUUAGUUUCUGUUUGAUAAAAGAGUCCAGAUUGAUCAUAUCCAAUCCAGUUUUGCUGCAAUGUCUAGUCAUGGUUAUACUGAAUCCUUGUCGUUUGGAGGCUCAGGCCAUAUUCAGGGUCAGCAAGUUGUGCCGUUUAGGACAGGUAGUAUAUCUCUGAAGCUUCAGCUGCUUCAUGGGAACUUGGUUAUAUUGGUCAAAGAGGCCAAGAACCUUCCUAACAUGGAUGCGUUUCACAAGACUCUGGGGGAUAUUGUUGCUAAAUUGCCUGGGACUGGCAGCAACAAGAUCACUAGUGAUCCGUAUGUGACGGUUUCAGUUGCACGUGCGGUGGUUGGGAGGACCUUUGUGAUUAGUAAUAGUGAGAAUCCUGUUUGGGAGCAGUAUUUUGAUGUUCCGGUUGCGCAUUAUGCUUCACAAGUGCAUUUUGUUGUGAAAGAUAGUGAUGUUGUGGGUUCACAGCUCAUAGGUGUUGUGGCAAUCCCAGUUGAGCAGAUAUAUUCCGGCAUGAAAGUUGAGGGGACUUAUCCGAUUCUUGGUUCCAAUGGGAAGCCUUGUAAGCCUGGAGCUGCUUUGAGUUUGUCGAUUCAGUAUAUCCCUAUUGAGAAAUUGACCUUUAAUAUGAAUGGGGUAGGUUUGGAUCCUGAUCAUCAAGGGGUUCCUGGUACUUAUUUUCCUGUUAGGAGAGGCGGUAAGGUUACUCUAUAUCAAGAUGCUCAUGUGCCUGAUGGUUGCCUUCCGAGUAUCAAGCUUGACGACAAUGUUGAGUAUGAGCAUGGCAGUUGUUGGCAAGACAUGUUUGAUGCAAUAAGUCAGGCUCGUCGUUUGAUAUACAUUGUGGGGUGGUCAGUGUAUCACAAAGUUAGGUUGCUCCGGGAUGGUAGAACAGAUUGCAUGUUAGGUGAUCUUCUUAAGAACAAGUCGCAGGAAGGUGUGAGAGUGCUGCUUCUUGUUUGGGAUGAUCCAACUUCUACCAGCAUUAUGGGAUAUAAAACGGAUGGAAUCAUGCAAACCAAUGAUGAGGAAACUCGCCGUUUCUUCAAGCAUUCUUCAGUCCAAGUGCUACUUUGCCCUCGAUCAGCUGGAAAGAGUAGCUGGGUCAAGAAACAGGAAGUAGGAACAAUCUAUACCCACCAUCAGAAAACAGUGAUUGUUGAUGCUGAUGCAGGUCAAUUUAGAAGAAAGAUAAUUGCAUUUGUUGGUGGUCUGGAUCUGUGCCUGGGACGCUAUGAUACUCCAGAGCAUCCUAUAUUUAGGACUUUACAGACGGUCCACAAGGAUGAUAAUCGUAACCCUACUUUUUCGGACCGUGUUGUUGGUUGUCCAAGGCAGCCAUGGCAUGAUUUGCACAGUAAAAUUGAAGGUCCAGCAGCAUACGAUAUCCUCGCCAAUUUUCAGGAGCGUUGGUUAAAAGCUUCAAAACCACGUGGGAUUCAGAAACUAAAAGGACAUGAUGAUGCAUUACUCAAGAUUGAGAGGAUCCCUGAAAUUAUGGGGGUGGCGGAUCUUCCUCAACCGAGUGAGGAUGAUCUAGAAGCUUGGGACGUUCAGGUUUUUCGUUCAAUUGAUUCCAAUUCUGUGAGAGGAUUUCCAGAAAACCCAAAAGAUGCUUCAAGCAUGAACCUGGUGUGUGGGAAAAAUGUUUUGAUAGACAUGAGUAUACAUGCCGCAUAUGUCAAAGCAAUCCGUGCUGCUCAACAUUUCAUUUACAUAGAGAACCAGUACUUCCUUGGAUCAUCAUAUAAUUGGACCUUGUACAGUGAUUUAGGUGCAAACAAUUUAAUACCAAUGGAAAUUGCUCUCAAAAUUGUGAAUAAAAUUAAAGCAAAUGAGAGGUUUGCUGUAUAUAUUGUUAUCCCCAUGUGGCCGGAAGGUGUUCCUACUAGCACUCCUCUUCAACGAAUUCUCUUUUGGCAGCAUAAAACAAUGCAAAUGAUGUAUGAAAUGAUUUACAUGGCUUUACUGGAGGCUGGACUUCACAAUAGAUAUUCUCCACAAGACUAUUUGAAUUUCUUUUGCCUCGGUAAUCGUGAGAAACCAAGUGGUGAAGAAAGUUCUGCUGCAAAAACAAUAAAUGAAGCAAACAAAAAAGAAGCAAACACUCCUCAAGCACUCACUCGGAAGAACCGGCGCUUUAUGAUUUAUGUUCAUUCAAAAGGAAUAAUAGUGGACGAUGAAUAUGUCAUAAUUGGAUCUGCAAAUAUCAAUCAGCGAUCCAUGGAAGGUACCCGAGAUACUGAAAUAGCAAUGGGGGCAUAUCAGCCACAUCACACCUGGGCAAGGAAACUCUCAAGUCCACAUGGACAGAUAUAUGGAUACAGAACAUCACUUUGGGCAGAACAUAUUGGUUUUCUUGAAGAAUGUUUCAAGCAACCAGAGAGUCUCGAAUGUGUGCAACGGGUAAGAUCUUUGAGCGAGCAGAACUGGAGGCAAUAUGUGUCUGAUGAGAUUACAGAAAUGAAGGGCCAUCUGCUGAGAUAUCCGGUUGAAGUAGAUCAAACGGGCAAGGUGAAGCAUCUUCCGGGCUGUGCAACAUUUCCAGAUGUAGGUGGCAACAUACUUGGGGAUUUUAGAGCCAUCCAAGAAAAUCUCACUAUCUGAUUCAAUCAAUCAAUACCUGUACAGUUUUACGUCCAAGUGUUUUGGUAUCAACCGUCGGUCAUACACUUCUACAGAUAAACAACAAGUCCUGAUCCAGUUACACAUCAACUUGUCCAUUUUUUCUUUUACACCAGAAGCAGAAUUUGAAAACUAUAAUGCAUCCCCCACGUCCAUUAUGGCAGACUAUACUUGGUAGAGAAUUUUUUGAAAAUAAAUAUUGUGAUUUGUGAAUAUGAAAAGCCUAGGUUUUCUUGCUCUGCAUUAUUGGCAUCUAUUCAAAUCUCUUUCAUGUUCACUUUCUCCAUCACCAGUAUCUACUUACCAUUUUCAUUGGACUGUUAGAAAAUGUGAUGUAGAAAACAAACAAGAGCAUGUCAUUUGUCACACGAUUCAUUCUAAGGUGUGUUCUUCCUGAAGCCACCCAUUCUUUU